GUGACAACUAAAUAACAAACUGUGUUACAUCGUGUGUUUGCUCCUGCCUGCCAACGCAGGAGCGAUCUUCUGUAUCUUGCGCAACAUAAAGCUAAUUCCCUACGAAGUUUACGCUACUGCGUAAAAAAAAAAAAAAAAGCGUCAAUCGUGUCGGUUUAUAUUUUCGCUCCCAUGUUUCGUCAGUGAUGCGCUAUCCAGUGGCUUCUCCCCCAACGCGGCUUGUCUUCUGCUCACUCACUACACCACUCCUGCUUCGACGCAUGAAUUUCCUGCGCCGUCGGCUCUUUCCAGCUGAACAGUCUGGCGUUUGCCCGGCCCACCGUAGCACAACACCGGCUGCUUUGCCCUCUUGUUCCAGAAGGCAGUCCCCCGUCAUGACCUCCUCCUUCUGCGGCUCCAGUGAAAUUCGCUAAAUGGGAUUUGCGGCUGGCCCAAGGUUUCCAUUAAUGUUUGAAUGAGGAGAGCCGUCCGGGAUCUGAGCGGCUUUCUGGCGGUGCGUCUCUGAUUUUUGGGCUGAAUCUGAAGACGCGUUAAAGGUCUGCACAUGGGGGCAGGCAAGAGUAAGCCCAAGGAGCCGGGCCAGCGUUCUAUGAGCCUGGAUGGUACCAUAGGCACAGGCUCAGACAGCGGACACUUCCACCACCUGGGCCCCUCUCAGCAGACGCAGACCCCCAACCGAAGCCCUGCUGUCGGCACUGGCAGGCCGAGGUACCAGGGGCAGCACCAACACGCCCCGACAAACACCCCAGAACUGAGUCUCUUCGGAGGGGUGGACCACACAGGAACAGUAACAUCACCUCAGAGAGGACCUCUGUCAGGAGGCGUCACUACAUUUGUGGCGCUGUACGACUACGAGUCGCGGACAGUGAGCGACCUGACCUUCAGGAAAGGCGACCGGCUGCAGAUUGUGAACAACACGAAAAAGUACAGCUUCAGAGAAGGGGACUGGUGGUUCGCUCGCUCGCUCACAACAGGAGAAAGCGGUUACAUCCCCAGCAACUACGUGGCUCCGUCCGACUCCAUCCAAGCUGAAGAGUGGUAUUUCGGGAAGAUCACUCGACGUGACUCGGAGAGGCUCCUUUUGAACCCGCAGAACCGACGAGGAACCUUCCUAGUGAGGGAGAGCGAGACCACGAAAGGGGCGUACUGCCUGUCAGUGCUGGAUUAUGACAACACCAAAGGCCUCAAUGUAAAACAUUACAAGAUCAGGAAGCUGGAUAGCGGAGGUUUCUACAUCACCACUCGCACCCAGUUCACCAGCUUACAGCAACUAGUCUUCCACUACCGCAAGCACUCAGAUGGGUUGUGUCAUGCUCUGACGGAUGUAUGUCCAGUGGCCAAACCUCAGACGCAAGGCUUGGCCAGGGAUGCCUGGGAGAUUCCUCGAGAGUCCCUCCGAUUGGAUGUUAAACUUGGACAGGGCUGCUUUGGAGAAGUCUGGAUGGGAACAUGGAAUGGUACAACGCGGGUAGCCAUUAAGACCUUAAAGCCGGGCACUAUGUCUCCAGAGGCCUUUCUACAGGAAGCACAGGUCAUGAAAAAGCUAAGGCACGAGAAGCUGGUCCAGCUGUAUGCCGUAGUGUCUGAGGAGCCCAUCUACAUUGUGACAGAGUAUAUGAGUCAAGGUAGCUUAUUGGACUUCCUCAAAGGGGAUGCAGGAAAGAUGCUUCGUCUGCCACAGCUGGUAGACAUGGCUGCUCAGAUUGCUGCCGGGAUGGCUUAUGUGGAGAGGAUGAACUACGUUCACAGAGACCUGCGUGCAGCAAACAUCUUGGUGGGAGACAACCUGGUGUGUAAGGUGGCCGACUUUGGUCUCGCAAGACUGAUUGAAGACAACGAGUACACAGCAAGGCAAGGUGCCAAGUUUCCAAUCAAAUGGACUGCACCAGAGGCAGCGCUGUACGGCCGUUUCACCAUAAAAUCAGACGUCUGGUCCUUUGGGGUGCUUCUCACAGAGCUCGCAACCAAAGGCCGAGUUCCCUAUCCAGGUAUGGUUAAUCGAGAGGUGCUUGACCAGGUUGAGCGUGGCUACAGGAUGCCUUGCCCAGCAGAGUGCCCCACUUCCUUGCAUGACCUCAUGCUUUCCUGCUGGAGGAAGGAUCCUGAAGAGAGGCCUACAUUUGAGUACCUGCAGGGCUUCCUAGAAGACUACUUCACCUCCACAGAACCCCAGUAUCAACCUGGGGAGAACCUAUAGAACCGCAAACUGUAUCACACCCAAAUGGGGAGUGGGGCCUCAGCACUGAAUGAUCUGCACUAACCGACCUCAGAGGAGGAUCUGAGACUGUGAAACUAAUCUGUGAGGAACUUCUUCAGUGGAAACAAAACCGAGACGGAAAGCUGCAGAAGUCCCUCUGUGUGCCGUACAGGAACUGCUACAGAACAACCCGGAGAAACCGGUGUUCUGGAAGCCAUCACAGUCGACCCAAGUUCUCCUGCUGGUUAUCCUCCGACUCAGAUCAAACUGAGAGACUUGCAGGCAAAUGUUUAUGUGAGGUGCAACGGAUGUGAAGAGGAACCAAAUCAGGACACACAGAGUCGGUGUAUAAAGAACAAACUUCAAGAUGAGGAGAAAAAGGAAAGAGAAGAAACGUCAAAUUAAUUAUGAGCUGUUAUGCGUGAACUUGCCCUUUUUCCAUCUCUUCACCAUCAUGUCAUACCUUUUCCACCCACACAAGAGCGCUACCACUGUGGCUCAGGUGCCAAAGGAAAACUCCUUCUCUAUAUCUGCUCUGCCGCUCUUCCUCUCUCUCCCUCUCAGUCUUUCAGUUUCUCCCCAGUUUUCUUCAAGUGCUGCUUCUUUAAAGUGUCUCAGCUCUGAAACUCUGCAUCUUUAUUGUUCAGUUUAGUUGGCCAGCCUGUUUCCUGUGGUGGAAAACAUUUAAUGUCAGACGAACUUGCUAUGUUUGCUUUAUUUUGUGUGUGUGUGUGUGUGUUUUUCAAUAGACAAAAUUGGUAAAAUCCCAAUCAGUGAUUGCCAGGACAGACGUGCAGGUUCUGUGACGUUAACAUCAACGUUACGAUUGAGGCCUUUUUCUCCUGUUUAAUCAUGCUGGUUCCAAACCUCCAUUAAAACGUCUCUGAUGCAGGUGGUGCCUGAAUGCGUAUUGUUUUGAUUGAUCUCAAUUAGCUGUAAAAAAAAAUCUUAAAGGAUCAGCACUGUCAGAGGCGCGCUAAAGGGCAUUUUUAAUAGAUUUCACAGCACAAGUAUCUAAGAAAUGAAUUGGGUAACUUCUGUCAAGCAGUUCUGUGCAUAGCCUGACAUGGGUAUCUGACCAAUCAUAUUAGUGGUAAAUAUCUAACUCAACAUGAGGAAUGAAUUUCUUGCUUAUGUACAUAUAAGCUGUUAUGCUGGCAGAACAACCUUAUAACAUUAGCUGAGUAAUAGAUGUUUUUUAAACAUCAUAAAUAAAAUAUGCAACUUGGAAGCCCUAAAGAAACCGGUAAACCUCUGAACAGGUAAAACUAAUAAAGCUGUUUGAGUUUAUUUUGAAGCUUAUUAGCAUGCUUUUGUGCUCGUCUUUUCUUGACUAUUGGUUGGUUUUUACUUAAGCUUUAUAUCCUUCUGUUCAUUAAAAGUUCUGCUGAGAUUGUGGGAUCAUUUACAGAGAACAUUCUCAUUUUUCUGGGUAACUCCACUGCUGUACAUAUUGUAGCUUUUUAGGCUGGGUUUUUGCACCCCAUCUUUCACUUUCCCAAGGCAGGUUUGUGUGCAGGGUGCUUCAUACUUCACUUUAGAGCAGAAGAGCUGUUUUUUGUUUUGUUUUGUUUUGCUUGCAGAGUUGACAUAAACCAUGCAGCAAUAAGACAUGGAGUUCCCCGAACAGUUGCAAAACCAUACCGACAAUGACUCAUUUAAACAACCAGUCUGAUGCUGAAAUCACAGGGAAGUGGUGUGGGUUGUGAUGUUACCAUAUGAUAUUAAUAAUAAGGUCAAAGAUGUAAAUAUUAUCUUAAUCAAAUGACUGUGACGAUCAUGUUAUGUUUUUUGUGUAGCUUUUUCAUUCGUUUCGCUUCUUGAGGUUUUUACACUGACACGCCUAAUCAAUGCUUAACCGAUAUUGAUGUCCUACUGUAAACUGGGCUGAAAAAAAAAUUUUCACUUUUUGUUCUUGAAACUUCUGUUUACAUUUCAAAGGACAAUUCACUUUUGGGCGAGAGCAUUUUGUGUAGUCUGUGCUUUUCUUUUUUUAGACUGGGAAUUACCCCAUCUAUGUGGACACUGAGCCACCAGUAAGUCACUGGAGCAAUGGGGAAGGAAGCAGGCUUAUGACAGAAUGACUAACUCUUAGGUCAGACUGGAUUUUAUGUGCCAUAUUUAAAAAAGCGUCUCAUUCUUCCCUUUUCUUCAUUAUUCAAUUGUUUAUAAAUCUAUGCAGUUUCAGUCUUGCAUUCCUGCAACUUCACAGCCAUUUUGAUCUAAAGUCAAAAUCAAUGAUCAAUGACAGUGUGAGCAUUUUGUAAGGACUUCUUUCAUUUAUCUAUUUUUGUUUUUAUGUAACAGGAUUGAUAUAGGUAUUGUGCCACUUUAUGUUGAUCUUUAAAUGUGCAAUAAAUUAUAUUUGAAAUGUG